CUCUAACUUGUUUCCAGGACUUUGCUAUCGCACGCGGCUCGACGGCCCUGUACUACCACACAUGUACUCGGUGGUUCUUUCUUUUUUACUCGUUGUGGCAGUACCUUUGGCAAAGGAAGGUUAAAACAUGGAAGAAACUUGGGGAGAAGCAGGUGAUGAGAUUGAGGAGCCAACAAGCAUUGAACUUCAAGAUAUUAAAUUAUUUGGCAAAUGGGAUCUAAGUGCAAUUGAUAUUGCUGAUAUUAGUUUGACCGAUUACAUUGCUGUUAAAGACAACCAUGCUGUCUAUCUUCCCCACACUGCUGCUAGAUAUGCUGUGAAGCGUUUCAGGAAGGCUCAAUGUCCUAUCGUUGAGAGACUAACCAACUCUUUGAUGAUGCACGGUCGCAACAACGGCAAAAAAUUGUUGGCUGUUAGAAUCGUUAGACAUGCCUUUGAAAUUAUGCAUCUCCUAACUGGUGAGAAUCCAGUCUUAACUCUUUGCAACGCUAUCUUAAACAGUGGACCACGUGAGGACUCUACCCGUAUUGGUCGUGCCGGUACAGUUCGUCGACAAGCUGUUGACGUGGCACCAUUAAGACGUGUCAACCAAGCCAUCUGGUUGUUGUGUACUGGAGCAAGAGAAGCUUCCUUCCGAAAUAUUAAAUCAAUCGCUGAAUGUCUAGCUGACGAACUUAUCAACGCAUCGAAGGGAUCUUCCAACUCUUACGCCAUUAAGAAGAAGGAUGAAUUGGAACGUGUUGCCAAAUCCAACCGUUAAAAUGUAUUUACUCGUCUAAGCAAAGAGAACUACUGUGGUGAAUUACA